AUUCAACGCACAACAAAUUAUCACCACAUUCAACAGCAGCCAUGGGUGGAACAGUUGGCCCAUCAAUUCCCCCUCAUAUCCUUGCGAAGAGAAAACUAGACAAAGAGGAGAAUGCCGCAGCAACAUCAAAAAUCGGACUGUCGGCACCAGACGAUCUGGACAUAAAAAAGAGAAGGACAGUAGGCCCUGCGCCGCCUCCGCUCAAUGAACAGCCAAAUUCUGGAUCCGAGGACGGUGAUGACGAGACUAUCAGUGAUGAUGAUAUAGGGCCGGCCCUACCUCCAAGCUCUGCGUCAGCUGAAGAGGUAGAAUUGGCAGCGCGGAGACGGCUGGCACAGUUUGCAGAAACAAAGUUUCAAAAUUCCGACGGCGGAAAGGCGAAACGUGACGAAUGGAUGUUGGUUCCACCAAAGUCGGAGGAUUGGACAACAAAAGUCGAUCCAACCAAGCUACGAAACCGAAAGUUUCAGACGGGAAAGGGGUCUAAAGCCCCCCAGAAGCCAGGGGGAGACAAUACACUGUGGACGGAAUCACCUGAGGAGAAACGCAAGCGAUUAAACGAUGAAGUGAUGGGUAUCAAGAAACCAGCAACACAAACACAGGAAAAAGAAGGAAAGCAUGGUGUCAGUGCUGCCGAGGCCGAAGAGACGGCCCGGAGAAUUCGCGAAUACAAUGAGAAAAAUCGCUCUCAAUCGCUUUACGAGGAGCAUAAGAAACUGGGGCCUCGAGAAAAGGAGGACGAUCCUGGUGCUCGCGCGUUUGAUCGCGAGAAGGAUAUCGCCGGGGGUCGUAGAAUUGGUCACGCGCAAAAGAAGGAGAUGCUGAACAGAGCCGCCGAAUUUGGAUCACGGUUCUCUUCGGGAAGCUACCUGUGAUGUGAGUUCAGAGAUCGGGAUACGCGCCAACUAUCUCAUCGCACUUCUUUCUUUCUCUUUCAAAAAGCAUGCUGAGUACCGGUAACCGUACCGAUACGGUAGUCUGUGGCCCUCUUUUUUUUUUGGCAACUUUUCUCGUGUACGAGUAUGAUCCAUGAUUCGCACUGAAACCAGAAAUGUCAUGUCAUGCUAUGCUCAGGAACGCAGUCUCGACAAGUGGUAGACUAACUUAUAAUAGACUCAAGGCAACAGUUGACCUUGAAGUCUUGGCCCGGGCACUGCAGGUUCUGCACUUGGCGCAAUAAACUAUGAUCUAAUACCGGUACCGGUGCUCGGA